CACCUGCUAGGAAUUUCCCUAACAUUGGCGACUUCAAGAGUAAGUGGGGUUCACGGAACCCUCUAAAUUUCCAGUUUCGAGUUUUAUAAAUUCCCUGUGGCAGAAGUUGCAAUUUCCCUUCCCCCGCUACCCCCCCACCCCCCGGGAUUGGAUCAAGUCAAGCCUAACGUUACCAGAGUGAGACUAUUCUGACGUUGUAACUAGUGAACCCCGUUCGCACAACAUGCGACACGACUCUGAACCCCACAAGGCUACGGCGGGUCGGCGCCUGGCGGUGCGCCUGCUGGUGGGGGGAAUGGACGACGCGGCCGGCGCGGAGCAGUCGUCGGGCGGACCGGAGGUGUCGGAGCGGCGUGGCCAGCGAAUGCACAAGAGCGCGUCAGAGGCGAACGUGAUGGGGGCCAACUCGCGGGGCGGGUUCGCGUUAGCGGGAUCCAUGGGGGGUUUCGCGGGCAGCGGCAAGUCGGUGAGCGGGUGCGCGAUGAAGGCGCAGCUGCGCGCGGAGCAGGAGGAGCUGGCGUACCUGGGUAUGGAGGCGGAGCGCAUCGAGCGCAGCGGCGUCAUCGACAUCGUGAAUGACGACGGCGCCGCCUUCCCCACCCACCUCAGCUGGACCUACCGCGGGCUCGACAUCACGCCCACCGGCAUCAGCAGCGCGCCGGAGGCGGGCGGAGAGCGGGAGGGGGGGGCGGGGGCUGAUUCGGUGCUGGCGUCGUGGGCGCAGGAUAGGCGCGAGCUGGAGGCGCAGGUGUGCGCGGUGAAGGCGGAGCUGAAGCGCAAGGACAGGGAACUGAAGGCGGCGGGCAAGGCCAAGGCGGCGGCGGGCCGGGAGGUGGAGGCGGUGUGGGGGCAGGUGAGCGCGCUGGAGGGGCAGAUGCACGAGCUGCAGGCCGACAAGGCCGCGCUCGAAAAGGAAAUCCAGGGGCUGCGCGCGCUGCACGUGUCGAGUGCGCGCGAUUCAGGGGAGUCAGCGGGCGCGCGGGCGGCGGACGCGGAGAUGGCGGGCAUGCUGAAGAUGGUGGGCGACUUCUCACGCCGCCUCGCGCUCGCCGACGACGCCGUGCGACGCGCCGAGGCCAAAAACGACGAUCUAUCCGAGCGUUUGAGGGCGAGCGAGGAGGAGUUGCGGGGGGCGCGGGAGGCACUGCGCGUGGCGCAGGAGGAGCGCGACGCGCUGGCGGCGGAGAUGAAGGAGGCGCUGGACACCUGGGCGUGGACGGGCGCCGUGCACCCCGCACCCGGCGCCGCCACUCCUGACAGAGGGGGCAGCAGCGGCAGUGGCGCUACGGGGCUGCCGGCGUCGUGCACGGCUGCAUGGGGGGGACGGGCAUCACCGCGCCGUGUGGGCGAAGCCAUGGCGAGAAACGCCUUUCAGGCGGGCGACGAGGGGGGGAUUGCGAUGCAGCAGUUGCAGCAGAGAGGGUGGGAUAUAGGCGGGGGAGGGAAGUCGCCAGGGGGUGGGUUCAGUGCUGGCGGUCGCGUGAGGCGGCCACCACGUGACCCCAAGACACGACCACUGCAGUUUGACGCCCUCUUGUGCAGCCCCUCCCCCCCGUGACCUGCACGUUCGUUCCCUAUUAUCAACCCAUGCACCACUCAUGCAGUGCUGGCCUGCGGGUGUGGUUGCUGAGAUCACUUGCAGUGCCAUGCCCAGGAUCUGAUGGAUGUUGUCUUGCUUCACUUGAGCACAUGUCCACUUGGCGUCACCCAAUCAUGCCCACUGCCAAUCAUUGCAUGACCAGAAGAUUAUCGCUGCUCUACAGCUAUAUAAGGGUACAUUGUCAAAUUAUAUAUAUAUAUAUAUAUACUUGUGUAGGCUUGGUAGGUUAUCGAACUCUACUGUAGAGGGUACAAUCCCCUCCUUGUAUCCCUCUCUAUCUCUUUUCUCUCGUCA